AUGAAUAAGACAUAUCCUCAAGCAUGGUUUGCAUUGUUCUUACUUGUAUUACUUCGGACAGCUGUUUCUGUAUUUCAAUAUACUUUUAGUGUGAUUCCUACAAUCACAAGCCAUUACUUUGACAAGUCACUCUCGAUAGUCAAUUGGCUUACUAAUGUACAAUGCAUUGUUUAUGUUAUUUUAAGUUUCUUUACAGGCUAUAUAUUCGAAACAUUAGGUGUCAAACGAUCUAUUUUAGUCUCCGGAUUUCUUUGUGCUUUAGGAUCAGCCAUUCGAAUGGGUCAAAUUGUAGGAGGAGCAGCAUCUCCUAUGGCAUUGAAUAUCAUGACAAUGUUUGCUUCUACUUGGUUUACAGAAAAUUUACGGGCAACAGCUGGUGUGUUUGUAGCAUCCAAUUAUGGUGGUAUCCUUGUCAUGUUUAUUGUUCCUACAAUUGCAUCAGAUGAGGCUGAUAUGUCUAAAGUGAUUCAUUUAGUCACUGGAGUCUGUGUCAUCGCAUUUCUCCCAUUGUUUUUAAUGCCUGCUAAACCGCCUACACCACCCAACAGCGUACAAGACACAGAACGUCCACCAUUUCUUAAAGGACUUGUCAUGCUAUCUAAAAACUUCCAUUUUUGGGUUUUGUUUUUUAUUCAUGCAUUUAACGUAGGACUAAGUAUUGCCUUUUGCGCUUUGUUUACACAAAUAGUUAACCCACAUGGUUAUUCAGAUGCUGAAGCAGGCCAGUUAAAUGCUUUGGCUAUCAUCGCUGGUACAUUGGGUUGCUCGGUUGCUGGACCUGUGUUGGAUCGAACAAAGCAGCAUACAUUAUUCCUAAGAAUAAUUGCACCUAUGGUAUUCCUGACAAAUGUAGCCUUUGUGUUUAUAAUUCCUCAAGGUUCUUUUGCUUCUGUAUUGUUUAUCAUGACCAUGAACCAGUUCUUUUUAUCAUUUCUUGUACCAGUAGUGAUUGAGCUUGGUUCUGAAACAUCUUAUCCUGUGGCUGAAUCCACAACCAAUUCACUUUUAUGGCAAGGCGCUCAAGUGUUUGGCUUUGUAUUUGUCCUUGUUAUGGAUGCCAUGCGUGACAUAAGUGGCAUUCCUGCAAAUAACAUGAUCCAUGCACUUAUCUUUCAAGCAGCUGCGUCGGGUUUAAUAGCAGUGCUGGGAUUUAUCUUUCAUGGAAAAAUGGCUCGAUCAGAAGCCAUGAAAUGGCAACAAAGCUUAGAUCAACAGAGAGCUGCUGACAAGAAUACAGAAAACCAAUUAUCACUUGGAUCUUAUCCUAUUUCUUCUGUGUUCGAGUCUUCUAUCAAGGCAAAAACAAACCAACAAUAG